AUGAAGUCCCUCGCCCUGCUCCUUUGCCUUGCUCAGCUCUGGGGCUGCCAUGCUGCCCCGCAUAUACCAGGUCUGGUUUAUAGGGAACUGGACUGUGAUGACCCAGAAACAGAGCAAGCAGCCCUGGUGGCCGUGGACUACAUAAAUAACCACGUUCUUCAGGGCUACAAGCACACCUUGAACCAGAUUGACAAAGUGAAGGUGUGGCCUCGGCGGCCAAUGGGGGAGGUGUUUGAGCUCGAAAUAGACACGCUGGAAACCACGUGCUACAUACGGGACCCCACCCCCGUGGCAAACUGCACCGUGAGACAACUGAUGGAGCAUGCUGUGGAAGGGGACUGUGAUUUCCAGGUGCUGAAACAGGAUGGCCAGUUUACCGUGUUGUUUGCAAAAUGUGAUUCCAGUCCAGACUCUGCGGAGGACGUGCGCAAGGUGUGCCCACAGUGCCCCCUGCUGGCCCCGCUGAACGACACCAAGGUAGUGCACGCAGUAGAGGUUGCCCUGACUGCGUUCAACACUCAGAGCAAUGGCUCCUAUUUUCAGCUUGUGGAAGUCUCCCGGGCUCAACUUGUGCCUCUUCCGCCUUCCACGUACGUGGAGUUUGCGGUGGCUGCCACUGACUGUGUUGCUGCAGAGGUCACGGAUCCAGCUAAGUGCAACCUGCUGGCAGAAAAGCAAUAUGGCUUCUGUAAGGCAACACUCACUGAGAAGGUGGGUGGGGAAGAUGUUGCAGUGACCUGCACCAUGUUCCAGACACAGCCUGUGCUCCCGCAACCCCAACCAGAUGGCACUGAAGCGUCCCCCGUGGCAGACUCAGCUGUACCUGCACCUCCUCCGGCUGACCCGCCUGCAGCUGCCCUGGUGGUGGGACCUGUGGUGGUGGCAGCCCCCCAGGCACCCCUGCCGGGACACCGGGCCCAUUACGACUUGCGCCAUGCCUUCAUGGGUGUGGCCUCAGUGGAGUCAGCCUCAGGAGAAGCAGUCCACGUGGGCAAAGUACCCAAUGUGGCACAGCCUAGCGUUCCUGUCGCUGCUGGUCCAGUGGUCCGUCCUUGCCCAGGGAGAAUCAGACACUUCAAGAUCUAGAUGUCAGAGAUGAAAAGAUUUGGCCCAGGAACAUAGCCACCAUUAUUGUCCAAGUCUGGGUAUGGGUGGGGCCUCGUUUGCUAUCAAAGCAGGUGCUACACUGGUCUAGAUGAAUAUCACGUCUUCAAUC